CUGUCUCGGCUAUCAGCAGCUGGAUUAUCUGUGCUGGCCGUUGGUGCAUCAUGUUAUUAUCGGCAUGACAAAUGGUGGCCGUUUUCGGGUAACAGCGAUGUUUGCGAGAAAGAUGCGUCGAUGCUGCAGGUGCUGAACUGCACCGAUAUUGGAGCGAUGAUGCCGUUUCCUUCCACACAUCCAUUACCGCAAAGUAAAUGGGACUAUAACUGGGAUAGUCGCGAACCGAAAUAUAUGGUGAAUCCGGUGGAUUACGAAAAAGCGAGUCCGGAAAAGCGUGCACAGUUGAUUGAGGAAGCAACACCUACCGCCCGGCGAAAUAUUAUCCUAAUUCGGCACGGUCAUUACGUGACCGAUCCAAAUGAGAAAAAUUAUCUCAGUUUAACACCAUUAGCGAGUCCGGAAAAGCGUGCACAGUUGAUUGAGGAAGCAACACCUACCGCCCGGCGAAAUAUUAUCCUAAUUCGGCACGGUCAUUACGUGACCGAUCCAAAUGAGAAAAAUUAUCUCAGUUUAACACCAUUAGGAAAAGAACAAGCGAAAUGUGUUGCUGAACGAUUGCAAAACAGUGGUGUCAAAUUCGACAGUCUUGUUAUGUCAACGAUGACGAGAGCCGUUGAAACGGCUAAAUUUAUUCUUGAAAAACUACCAGCAGUCACCUCAAAAAGUGAUACAUUGCUAGAGGAAGGUGCACCGUUUCCUCCUGAGCCACCCAGUAAAAAUUGGCGGCCAAAGCACAAAGUAAAUUUUUAUACUGCGCAUAAGUCAAAAGGUAAAAACCCCCUGUAUCUACUGAUAUAUGUGAGAGGCUCAAACAAUUGAAA